UUCGGAUAACAUAGUUGCGCGUCACGUUCACAAUGUCUGACACGUAGACACUUGUGCUCCAACACAAAAAAUAAUAGAAAAACAAGUGAAAAAAAAUUCAUUAAACGUUUAUAACUAUUUUUUUUGAAUCGAUAAAUUAUGAAUUAAAAUUAAAUUCUUCACUUAAAAACCGGAUUAUAAUUAAUUAUUCGUGUAUAACUGUUAAUGGUAGAAAAAAAAAAUUACAGAUUAUUUUCUAAAGUGUUCUCAACACGGAAGUUUAUAUAUAUAUAUAUAUACAGAGUGUGAGGAAAUUUUUAUUUAUAAUUUAAAAAACAAAAAAAAAAAAGAGAAAAUUUUAUAUUGCCCUUUAAUUUUUUGACAAAAAUUUUUCUAUUUUCUAUUAAUAAUUAUGAGUGACAGUGUUAAUAUCAUUCAAAAAAAUUGAGAUAAAAAUUUAAUGAUUUUAUUUUCAAAAAACAGCAUGUCGCAUUCUGUCUAUACAAGUGUUUAUUCUUUAGUUUUAUUUUUUAUUAUUUUUGAAAUACAGGCUUUUAAUGUGCCUGAUCAAUAUUUUAAGAGAGCUGUAAAUUUGUAUCGCGAUUCAAAAUAUAGAAAUGACAUUGAUAAUUAUCAGGAAAUUGAAAACGAAAGGAUGUUGGAUCCAAUAUUUAACAUCCGAAAUUAUAAUUCAAUUUCAAGGAGAGCUCCCUUGAUACAAUUGGAAGGACUAGAUCCAAAAAUACAGUGGAAUAAAACUUGGGGAUCACAAUUAAAUUUAGGACAAGUAUCAGCAGUGUCAAUAGAUCCACAGGGAAAUGUUGCAAUUUUCCAUCGUGGUUCACGUGUAUGGGAUGGUGGUUCAUUUAAUGGAAAUAAUGAAUUUGAUUUUAAUAAUGAACCAAAUUGUGGACCCGUUAAGGAGUCAACAAUUAUUUUAUUAGAUAAAAAUGGUAACGAUAUAUUUCAUUGGGGUGGUGGUAUUUUUUAUAUGCCACAUGGUUUGACAAUUGAUCAUUUGGGAAAUUAUUGGAUAACCGAUGUGGCAAUGCAUCAGGUAUUUAAAUUUGAUGCAAAUGAUAUUGCACAAAAUAGAGAGCAAUUAAUGAAGAAUUCAAAUCGUGAUAUUAAAUUUGAAAAAUGUGCCGAUUUUAAAAAUUCCUUUAACAAUAGUUUAAUUAAGCCAAAAUUAAUUUUGGGCACACCAUUUAAGCCUGGCAGUGAUAAUGAUAGAUUUUGUAAACCAACAUCCGUUGCUGUGAUGAAAAAUGGAGAUUUCUUUGUUGCCGAUGGCUAUUGUAAUUCGAGAAUUAUUAAAUAUAAUUCAAAAGGCGAGAGAAUAUUAUCCUGGGGACGAAGUGAUGGAUUUUUUGAUGUGAAUCCUUCGCCUGAUACUUUUAAUAUUCCACAUGCAUUGGCAUUGGCUGAGGAAUUUGGUUAUCUUUAUGUUGCUGAUCGUGAACAUGGAAGAAUUUUAUGUUUUCAUACAUCAAAUGGAUCUUUUCAUAAAGAAUAUAAAAAUAAAAUUAUUGGUGGUGCUAUUUAUAGUGUUGAUUAUGCGCAGGAAAAAUUAUUUUUAGUUAAUGGACCAUCAAUGGAUCCGGCAUUAAAUAAACCAAAUCGAGGAUUUAUCAUUGAUCUUAAAACAGAUGAAAUAAUAUCAGAAUUUGCUCCCAAUGGUGCAAUGGGUCGACCACAUGAUAUUGCAGUAACACAUGAUGGUCUUGAAAUUUAUGUCGUUGAAUUGGAUAAAAAUCGUGUUACAAGAUUUGAUCAAGAUAGAAAUAGUUCAUCUUUAAUUAAAUCGUCUGAUUUAAAAACAAUUGGGACAACAGUUCCUGAUUUUAAAUCGGCACUUUUAACAGAUAUUGAUAUUAAUAAGACAUCAGGCAAAUCAAGUUCCUUAGUAUUUUCUCUCAUCGUAUCAUUAAGUGUUCUAAUUGUAAUCUCCAUAUUAUUAGCAGUCAUUGUGUCAAGAUGGAAAAAAAGAGGAUGUUUAUUAACGUCUCGCAGAAGAACAAUAUGGGAAACUGAAAGAAAAGAUAAUUUUAAACUCACGAGCCUACUGGAAAAUAAAGCGGGAAGGAAAUUUAAAUUUUUUGAAAAAAGACCAAAUACUCGUGAUUUCAGUAAAUUGAAUACAGAACCAGAAACAUCAGAGGACGAACAUUUAGAAGAUAAAUUGGUGACAUUUUAUGUCAACGAUAAUAAUCAUUUAACACUUUGAGGUGCACCCACGUAAUAGUUUUUAUUUUAAAAAAAAAACCCAAUUUCUUUCACAAGUUUCAUUUGGAUAAAAUUCAAAAUAAUUUAAAGAAAAAAAAUUUUUUUUUUUGAAUUUUAAUCAAUAAAAGCUUGACAUAGGGAAUUAUAAAAUUAUUUAUAAAUACAAGAAGCGAUUUUAACAAAAAAAAUUGUGCGCAGAAAAUAUAACAAAAAAUGUAAAAUGCUUCGAGAAAUUAAUGGCACUAAAAAAAAAAAAAGAAAAUAGAUCUCAUUCUGCUGGACCAUUAUUAUAGGAUCUAUUUAAAAUUUCUUACCUAAUUAAAACUAGUCAAUUUAUAAUAGGCGUCUUUGUAAUGAUAAAUAAUUUUUUAUUGACAUAUCUUUAAACGCUAAAAAUAUAUUUAUCACGUUAAGCCUUUUGACUGAGAUUUUAAAAAAUCGAUAUACUAUUAUAAAUAACAUGGUGAAAAGUCUGAUAGUUUUUUUUUCAUUGGCAAAAUAGAUUCAGAAAAUAGUUUCUUUGAAUUAAAGAGAAUAUUUUUUUUUGAUUUAAAAAAAAAACUAUCUUUAAUUCAUUUAUUUCUUUUUCUGUGGGUGUAUUUCAAUAAUUAAAAUUGAAAAUUAACACCAAAAAAUAUUUUAAAAAAUUGAAAAAAAAAAUAAUUUGUGUUUAUAAUUUUUCAAUAUAAAAUUGUCACUGCAAACUGUCGUUAUUUCUAAAUAUAAUAUUUCUUCAAUAGUAGAAAAAUAUUAUUAAUAAAAUUGCAUCACAUUUGUAAUCCCAUUGUAAAGAAAUCUUAUGCGAGACGUUAGUGAGAAAAAAAAAAUAUUAUAAGUGUAUUUUUAUUAUAUUAAAAAUAUUAUAUGUCUUCUGAAGGUAAAAAAAAAUACUUACAUAUUUUAAGAAAAAAAAAUAAUAUAAAAACUCGAACCAUUUUUUGACGUGAAACAAUUUAAUAACAAUUUAAUUAACUAAAAAUAAUUAUCAACACUAAUGUCAAUGAUUUUAUAAUGAAAAUUCCAACAGCGAUUAAAAUUAUACUGAUAUACAUUAUUAAAAAUGAAAAUCUAAAUUAGUAAAUGGAAACACUUUAUAAAAUCAUUGAUUCAAUAUUAAUGAAUAAAAAUUAGUUUUUAUUAAUGAAAAUUUAAUAAAUAAAUAAUUUUAUUUAUUCAUUUACAUUUAAAAAAAAAGGUUUUCAUUAAUAAAUUCUUAUUUUAUAAUAAACUUCUUCAAUGACUUGAAACAAUUAAGUGCAUAUUUAAAUUUUAAUUUGAAAAAUUAAAAAAUUAUAUAUUUAAAAUAGAAAAAUUUAAUAACAUUAUACAUAUAUAUAAUAUAAAGAAGAAAAAUAAAAUAUAUAAUAAAUGUGUGCUAUUAAACAAAUAAGAGGAAAAAAAAAUAGAUAGCAAUUUAUUGUGUCUAUCGGAAAAAAAAGAUUAAUUUAUUCAAUUAAUUAUCAACUGUUGACGAGCUCUCGAGAAAUUUUUAAUUGAAUUAUGAUUUGAAGUAAAAAAUAUCUUUUUUUAUUUCAUUGUAAUUUAAUAAAGUCCGUCAAACUUUAUCAAUAGUGAAAUAACUAAUUGAAUUGAUGAUUAAUUCUUUUUUUCACCCAUAUAUUUGCAUCUGUGUAUAACUAUAUGGAAAGUAUUCAUUGGGUCAGUAUUAAAAACAAAAAAAAAAAAAAAAAAAAAAAAUAA